AUGGCAAGAACCAAUCAGACCGCUCAUAAAUCCACCGGAGGUAAAGCCCCCAGGAAGCAGCUGGCCACCAAGGCUGCCCGCAAGAGCGCCCCGGCUACCGGUGGCGCCAAGAAGCCUCACCGUUACAGGCCGGGGACCGUGGCUCUGCGUGAGAUCCAGCACUACCAGAAAUCCACUGAGCUGCUCAUCCACAAGCUGCCUUUCCAUCGCCUGGUCAGAGACUUUAAGACCGACCUGCGCUUCCAGAGCUCGGCCGUCACGGCUCUGCAGGAGGCCAGCGAGGCUUACCUGGUGGGACUCUUCGAGGACACCAAUCUGUGCGCCAUCCACGCCAAGAGAGUCACCACCAUGCCCAAAGAUAUACAGCUGGCUCGCCGCAUCUGUGGAGAGAGAGCUUAG